AUGGAUCAGAUUGCCGAACAACUUCAGGGAAUGGAGAUCGACGCUCCAGAAGUUUCGGAUCCAAAUGUCACAAAGCAGCAACUCGAAACAGCUCUCCGUCUUCAAGCCGAGGCUCGAGCCAAAAAGCAGAGAUCCGCCGAGUCUUACCAGGACAUGCUUGAGAAAGUUGAUGAAUUCGACGCCAAUCAUUCCGGAUAA